UUCCAACCCCCACACGUCCUGGUUACUAAUCAAGAAGAAUAGUUCCUUUGAUGCCAUUUUUAUUAUUAUUGUAAUCUUUGGGGUUUGUAAUGGCUUUUAUUUUAAUUUUUUUUCUACACUUUAGAUUUAUUUUUGUGUUAGAAUAGUUCAGCAUUUUUCUUUGAAAAAUCUGUGCAGAUCCUAAACUUUCCGUCUCUUUGGGGAUUAGCCAGCUGCUCAGUCCAGAGAGGAGGGGCUCAGCAUUCCUGUCCUGCACCUCUGUGUCUGUGUGCUGAGGGGCCCUCUGAGCUAAUUGGUGCAGAGUCACAAAGAUGGUUUGCUUCAAAAGAGAAACCCUGAUGGGAUGUUCACACUGGAGAGGAGGAUACUACUUUAUAUUCUGCAUUGAGAUGUUACCAGUGGGUCAUAGUUUCUAGUUUUGAUGAUUUGAUAUAAACAUGGAUGGAAUGUUUUGGAAGCAGCAGCAGAACUGAACUUUGGAUGACGAUGAGCUACAUGCAGUUGGAGACAGAUAUCAUGACGUACCUGUCGCAGAGUGAAUCGGAUGACGGACUCAAAGAUUUUAAUGUGGUGGGUAUUCUGCAUAACUUCUGGGAACAGAAGCAAACAGCUCAGUCAGAUGAUUCCACAGCCGAGUUGGAAAAAAUUUGUGGGAAAUCUGGCAGCCUAACAGAUAGUCUGCUGUUAUACGAGUCGGCACCUUCCGCUGGUCCCCCUUAUGUCUGCUAUGUCACAUUGCCUGGAGGGAGCUGCUUUGGCAACUAUAAGGUGUGUGACACUCAGGCAGAGGCACGCAGGGAUGCAGCCCGUGUGGCUCUGAUGAACUCAAUGGUGAAUGAGCUGCCGUGUCGCUGCAUCACGGCUGAGUUCAUCACUCACAGUCUGAACCAAGCUGCCACAGAAAGCUCAGUUCCUAUGGAGGAUGCAUGUGACUCAAGCACCAGCUUAGGAACCUACAGUGUGCUGCUUCAGUCCUACAUGGGACGGACCAUGCUGGAGUUUCAGGAGAUGAUGACAGUUUUCCAGCUUUUGCACUGGAAUGGGACACUGAAGGCUCUGAAGGAGAAGAAGUUUUCCCGGCAGAGUGUGAUUACGUACUACUCCCAGCGAGGGUUGGAUGAGUCAAUGCGGAGCAGCAUGGCUCUGGAUUGGCUGGGAAAGGAGCAGAAAGCUCCUGGGUUGCUGGCAAUGGAGCUGCAAAUGGCGCAGAGGGCGCUAGUGUUGGCACGACGCCGAGGCAUAGAGCUGCGCUUUUACAAAGAAAAAACAGAGAUCCUCAGCUUAGCCCUGAGUCAAGCAUAUAUUCACCACACACCCGAACUCUUCAGCCCGUAUCUAGGCCAACAGGAACAACUCCCUUUACACAUUUUAUACAGGCGAGAUACGGAUGUUCAGACACCCCUGCAAACUUCUACCUCAGACAUGCCCUCCAACAGUCCCGCACUAUAUUCACAGUGCAUGUUCAUGCCUUUAAAUAACCCUGAAUAAAGGGGGUUAAAAAAGCACAGAGCAUGAAUUAGUGAUGCCGUGUCAGUGGCACCGGAGUUUGUGAUACAUGCUAGUGGGUGUUAUGUUUCUAGUUCCUUUAUUACUGAUUUAAGCACUCAUUAAGAAGCUGAGAUUUUAAACGUACAUCAUUAACAGUAGAAAACCACUCAAUGUUCAAAAUCCAAUUAUAUGAUACCAUAAAACCUAACUGACAUGUGCAGCUUUAAAAAUAAAAGCAGUUUCCAUUAAUCUGAAAUAAAUUUUAGGAGAUGUAGCAUCAAUUAUACUCUAACCUAAAGGCAUGCUGGUUCUUCUGCAUUUCCAUUGAGCAUUGACUCUGUUGCCAUGUGUUUAUUUCUACUUUACAACACAGUUUUACCUGUAACUUAUAAAAGUUUUGUUUUUUUCUAUUAUUUUUUUUUUUUACUCACUAAAAAGGUCAGUGGUGUUAUAUUUACCUUUAUACCAAGUCAGAAAAAGUUGUUACCAGAUGCUGCAACAGUCUUUUAUAAAUUUGUCUAAUAACAGUUUCCCGAUAUCUUAAAAUGGUGUGUGUAAAGGGAAUGUUGUCUUUUACUUUAGGUUGUUGAGCACAAUCGGUUAUUGUUUACCAGAUCGGUGUUUACCAACAUGUUCAGUUUUAGAUUAACAAAAUAAUUGCAAAAAGAUUCUUAAACUAUAGUUAAAGUCAUGCAGUGGAAAUGUUUGUAUUCAGUCCCCUUUUAAUCUGAUGCCCCCAAAAAUUCUGUGCAAGGAAUAAACUGCAGAAGUCACUAAAUUGGUCAAAAGCAUCCACCUGUGUUUGUGUAAUUUACCCUCAGUUUAACUCCAUCUGUUCUGUGAAGGCUUCAGGUGUUUGUCUGAAAACAUAAAUAACCAUCAGCAUUGUGGAAACUAAGGGACACGGCUGACAGGUCAGGAAGGAAGUUCUA